AUGAAAGUCACGCAAGUAACCUUUUUGCUCGCGUCAUUCAUCUUUAUGACAAUAAAUGGUGUGCCAGUGAAUACAACUCCAUCAGGUGAUAAUCCGUUGAGUCCGCAAAGUGAUCAGAUUUCUUUGAAUUAUGAUUUAGUUCAUGCUUUAAUGUUGGAAAAGUCGCAAAAUUUAGCAGAUUCAAAACUACUCACUGCAAGAGAACACAAGCAAAUUCAAAAAGAAGUAACGGAUGAAUUAAAUCGACGGAUUCAAAUUAUUAGAUUCCAAAAUAAUUUCUCCCCUCUUGAACAAGCAAUAAUUUUCAACGAAUAUUUAGACAGCGUGAAAGGUGCAACUGACGAAGACGGAAAGUGUGGUUGGAAACCGCAAAUACUCAUUGCUUUUGAAAGCCUAUAUCGGUCAAAUUUAACUUAUAAUUCACAAGACUGUCCCGUUUUUUUAACAAAUAACUUGGAAAGUCGUCUUUUUUCUCGUUCUCAGAGGAUUAAUUUUGCUGUUCACGGCUUUCCUCGGAUAAUAAGUAGUUCAGACGGUGUGAUCAUACCUCAGAUGUUGGACGCUUUUGUGAAAAUCUUGAGCAUAAAGAAACUAUAGUACGCUUGGGCAGAAGAGAAUGACCUUCAAGCAGUGUCAAAUCUCUUGAUCUUCCGCGGAAAGAAUAUUGAGGUAUCGACUCUUCGAAUCGCGGACAACUUGCUUGGAGUUGCAAUAAGAGGAAAAUUAAUUGAAUGGAAGCAAACAAUUGAUUUCCUUGACACUCAUCAAAUUAUAGCUAUUCAUAUUCCAACAUCUUCAAGAAGUAACUUCAAUGGUUUCGAACCGUUUCGGUGA